UUGCUUUAAUGGCGGAUGAAUGUCUCCACUCUGUGCAGCUCGAGCUCGAGGCCGUGGGAAAGCAGAUUCGCGACCUGGAGGUGAGGCAGGCCCAGCUGAGAGAGCGGAGAACCGCGCUGGAAUCAUCCCGGGCUGACGCUCACAAGUCCGGGGUAAGUAUACAGCGAUCUGUUAACAGUCCCACCACAUCUACUCCGUGUGUUUCUCUGCACAGGCCCGGUGCACCCAGGACGCGAUCUUCCCAGAUGUCCUUCACUGCGACGCCGGGACACCACGGACCCUGGGUGCAUCCACAGCGGAGGACGCGAGCCGGGUCCCGGGCGACGACUUCUCCCCCUCCUGCCUUCGACAUCUCCAUCCGGAACCGCUUCGCUCCCCUCCGCGAGACAGGACGCGACGCUGUGAUCAUCGGAGACUCCAUCGUCCGACACAUACCCGCGAUCCUGAAGGUCGACGAGAGCCCCAGAGCGGUCGUGCUUCACGCCGGGGUUAACGACACCACGCUGCGGCAGACGGAGACGCUGAAGAGGGACUUCAGGAGCCUGAUCGAGACGGUUCGCAGCACGACGCCCGCGGCGACGAUCGUCGUGUCAGGACCACUGCCCACGUAUCGACGAGGACACGAAAGGUUCAGUAGACUUUUUGCUUUAAAUGAAUGGUUGUUGUCAUGGUGUAAAGAACAGAAACUGCUAUUUGUUAAUAACUGGAAUCUUUUCUGGGAGCGUCCUAGGCUGUUUCGCGCUGAUGGAUUACACCCCAGCAGAAUCGGAGCGGAGCUGCUCUCUGACAACAUCUCCAGGACACUUCGCUCCAUGUGACUAGUAAGACA